CAUUUUAGUCACAGAUUCUCAGCAAGAAUAUUAUCUAUAUUUAUCAACUUGUUUUUUUCUUCAUCACUCAAACUUACACACACCAUGAAAAAUUAUUUGGCAGCUUUUGUGGCUGCAUCUUUACUUGCUUUUAUACUUCAAGUCUACUUGUUCUCCCCCAUUUCUAAUCCUGAAAUCCUUCGUCUUCCUCCACGUUCUUCGCUUCCCACGAACAAGAAGUUGCAGGAGGUGAGGAAACUUGGAGAAGGGUUUUUACAGGGUCCUGAGGAUGUUUGUGUGGAUAAAAAUGGUGUAUUUUUCACAGCAGUAAGAGAUGGUUGGAUUAAAAAAAUGCAUAAGAAUGAAACUUGGCAGAACUGGAAGAAAAUCGAAAGUGAUUCUUUACUUGGUAUUACUGCAUCCAAAAAUGGCGGUGUUAUUGUUUGUGAUGAUCAGACAGGUUUGCUUAAAGUUACGGAAGAUGGAGUAACGGUUCUUGCAUCGUACGUUAAUGGGUCAAAAAUAAGGUUCGCAGAUAAAGCGAUUGAAGCAUCGGAUGGUAACAUCUAUUUUAGUGUCCCAAGCACCAAAUUUGGGUACCAUAAUUGGUAUCUAGAUGUUCUUGAAGCAAGGCCUCAUGGGCAGAUGCUAAAGUACGAUCCAACAUUGAAUGAGACUACAGUUUUUCUUGAUGAUUUGAGUUUCCCUAAUGGUGUUGCUCUUCCAGAAGAAGAAGAUUAUCUGGUGUUUUGUGAAUCUUGGAAAUUUAGAUGCCUUAAGCAUUGGCUGAAAGGCGAGAAUAAGGGGAAAACAGAGGUUUUUGUUGACAACCUUCCCGGUGGACCUGAUAAUAUUAAUCUGGCACCGGACGGCUCGUUCUGGAUCGGUUUGCUGCAGGUGGCUUCGGAUGGACUGGAAUUUGUGCAUAGCUCCAAGCUAUUGAAGCAUUUGAUAGCAUCCUCUCCGAAGUUGAUUGGAUUAGUAAAUGGUGUUACAAAGAAAGCAAUGGUGGUCAAUGUGGCAGCUGAUGGUAAAAUUAUCAGAAAGUUCGAUGAUCCUGACGGAAAAGUGAUGUCUUUUGUCACAUCAGCUAUGGAGUACGAGGAUCAUCUUUACCUAGGAAGUCUGUAUACAGACUUCAUCGGAAAACUUCCAAUAUAGUUUUUAGUCAUAUGCAGGUCCAGGAAUACAGAAUCUAAAAAGUCUUUAAUAAUUUGAUAAUUUAUUAUUCA